AUCAUUCAGACAUUAAAAAUCAAUCCUUUUAAUUAGGAUGAUAUACAGAGAUGUUUUAGACUUGGUGAAGAGUCGGCGCCUUACUUGCCCCCAACUAACUACGUUCAUCCCUCUUCUUGUCAUUUAAAAGAGAUUGACUAAAACGUGUUGUCUAAGUCAACUGUUAUUUGAAAAUGAUGUUUAAUGCUUCAGUUUUUAAAAACGUAAAAUAUUUACUGUUUAGAAUACAAUGCCAUGUAAAAAUAAAUAUGAUUUUACUGUUUUUAAAGCUUGCUAUAGGUCUUAUCAGUACCAAUGAUUAAUCCGAAACCAAAUACAAUUAUACACUAGACUUUGACCCGCGCGUCCGCGCGGGUAUAUUUUUCAAAAUUAUGUUUAUAUUUGUUUUUCAUGUCAAUAAUAUAAGGGCUAUGCAAAAUAUCCGAAUCUAAAGAACCGAACCGAUCUCGAUCCGAAAAAGUAGUACCAAACCCAAACCGAAAUUGAGUAAAUAUCUGACUUAUUCAAAAUUUUGGUUUUUAGAGAACCAAAACCGAAUCCGAUCCGAACCGAAGUAUUUCGGGUAUCCGAAUGUAUACGAAAUAGAUUUAUAUACUUAUAUAUAUAUUAAUUAUUUUUAGAUUUUAUAUAUAUAUAAAACAUCUAGAAUAUAUAUGAUACUUUUAAGUUGGUUUAAAUACUUGAAAACAUAUACAAAUAAUCAAUAGUAAAUAUAUAAAAUAGUAAAAGUAUACUUAAAACACCAAAAAUACUUAAAAUAAUUAUUGAUUCUCUAUCCAAAUAUUUGAACUAAAGUAAUUUAUAUGUUACCUUUAGGUAUUCUGACAUAUGUUAUUCAAAUUUAUAUUUAAUAUAUUAUUUUGUUUAUACUUUUUGAUAAAUUUAAAGUAUAUAAAUAUAUAAUGAGUUUUAAAAUUUUAAAAGUAAUUUAAAAUUAUAUCUGAAGUCGAACCGAACCCGCAAAAAUCCUAAAUGAACCCAAACAGAAAUUUAGAAAUAUUAGAAUGAGGCUGAAAUCUUUGACCCCGGAAACCUGAAACUCAAACAGACCUGAACCGAACCCGAUUAUGUACCAGAUAGAUAAUUUCUCACAAUAUAAUGGACUUCCAAAUUUUCUUAAAAGUAUAAGCCCAUUACUUUUUUUCUUCUUAAUAUACUGCUAUCCAUGUUUCCAAACAAACCUAUUUUUUAAAACUACAAUCUAUGUUUCCAAUCAAACCUCAUUUUUAAAACUGCAAUCCAUGUUUCCAAACAAACUUUUUUUUUAAACUACAAUCUAUCUUUCCAAACAAACUUUUUUAAAAAAUUGCUAUACAUGUUUCCAAACAAACCUAAUUUGUACUUGAGUUUUAAUAAGAUAGAUUUAAAACAUGCAAAUUUAUGAACAUGGACAUAUAAAGGACAAGAAAUACUUGAGCUCCACGAAGAAACAUGCAGCCUAAGUGAAACAGCACGGCUAGACCAACGGGAAGCUUAAAGAGCUCAAGAACACUGUAAAUGAGCUUACAUAAUCUAUUAUUACAAAGGCAAAUUACAAAGGCAAAAACCAUAAUGGAACCAAAGAGGAGGGUAAUCAAGAGAAUAUUGAAGAUUUCCAGAACCAAGAAGAUUAACAACAAUGCUUUACGAGAUGACUUGGAGGACUAUCAUCAUGAUCAACUAUAUGUAAUGCACAUACAGCAUGAAGCGCUGGAUGAUUGGGUCACUAACCCCCAUAGGGGAGCUCUAGCAAACCCCUCCAACCAGGAAUUAAAAUACUCAAGUAGAUUCAAAGCUUUCUAAGACAAUGUAUCAACCUCCAGUUAUAUAUAUACCACUUUAUCUCUACUGUAUUUCUUCUCCGCUCCUACAUGUUUGUCAUCCCACCAAGAUUGUUUGAAGCAAGUAUGGAUAAGAGUUUCUCAUUAUUUGACUUUCUUUAUUUUAUUGUUCUGGUUUUAUUUCUUGGCAUUUUUUCGUAGAAACAUGUACAAUGGAUUCGAAUAAAUAAAAAAGAGGGUCAACUAAGAGCUCAAGAUGAGUUGAGUAACAAAGAAUGUUUGAACAAUGCGGUAUUAUUUGUGUUGGUAAGUGUAUAAAGGAUAUUAAUGUUCAACUUCUUGUAUCUUGAACCUAAUACAGUACACUUUAUUUUUGGAGUAAUUUUAUUUUUACUUUAUUGUGAAAUGAAAAAUCUAAGAUUAGAGGAUAUUUUACUCCAAAUUCCAUUUUGGAGUAAAACUAAAGAAAUGUAGGAGAUGUUCUUAGCUAAUAUGCUAGUAUAAUGAUUUUAUAUUAUUUGUCCUAACUUACUGGCUUAUGCUGGUAUCUUUAGUUUUAUUUAUGCUUUUCUAUGCUUGUUCCAUAUGAUCCGAAUCUAUAUUAUAAUUGCUCAAUUGUUUAGUAGUCUCGGCUAGACCGCCGGCUCGUACAUAAGGCAUGUUAAGCAACAUGCUUUAGGCCUCUUUAUAAAUACUUAAGCAAUAAACCUGAGCAGUGUGAAGUAAAUUAUAAUAUAAAUAUUUAAACCGCUAAACCUUAAGCAAAAAAUCCUUCUGGAAAGGCCGGUAAAACCGUCAGCAAAUGCGAAGGAGCUGCAAUGACAUCCUGUAGCGGCUGGAAGGGGUAACCGUGAACGUGGUAACAGGCGGGGUCGCCGCUAGUUUCCCUGUUUGGAUAACUUUCAUUUAAUCGAAGUUGAAGGUUCGGUCAUAUCUCUUUAUGGUCUUUUAAACUUAAGUUUAUAUGUGUUUAAUGCCUCUUUCUUUGUAAAAUGUAUGACUCAAAAUUUUAUAUCAUGACAACUUCCUUUUCAGUAAUAGAAAUAUUAAAAACAAGUUAUAAGAAUAGCUGAAAGAUCAAAUAAAUAAAUAAAAAGUCUUGAAAAAGUAUAUUGCCUUCUUUUGUACAACAUGCACCGCACGUUGUCUCUCCACCCCUAGAAAAAGUAUACAUCAACAUUUAUCUGUUUCAUUUACUUCCACCACACCUCAAAAACAGAACAUCACUGGAAAAAUAUACAGAACAUAAAGUAUUUUUUUUUGCUCCACUUAUUUUUUGGUAUGUGUUUUGUUUCAUUCCGUGGUGAAAGAACAGAGACAAUGGAGAGCGAACGGACUAGUUCUUGAUCUGUACGUCUCUUUUGCCUUCUUCUCUUCUCAUUUGUGUAUUUCAUUUGCUUUUUUAUAUUAUGUAAGAUCUGAGAAAGAAAAAAAAAAGUGUGUGUGGGGAAAGAUAAAUUGAGAGGAGUAAAUUGGGGAUGGUGAGGACAUUAGGACGUAAAAUAAGCUGGCCAAGAUCUUUCAGUUUUAGAAAGAUGUUUGAUGGUCGGAACUCUGGACAUUCAUCAUUUUCUUCUCGCGGGGAUGGCAGGCAUACCCCGGAGCACGAACUUGCUGUACACGCUAUACCAUCGGCUCAGAGGACUCGUAGAGGCAGGCAAAACAGGACAUCAGACAUGGAAGCAAUGAAGGCAAGAUUCGCAAAACUGCUGCUUGGAGAGGACAUGUCAGGCGGUAGUGAAGGCGUGACAUCUGCGUUAGCUUUGUCAUAUGCCAUCACCAACCUCGCUGAUUCCGUGUUCGGGGAGCAGAUGAAAUUGCAGCCUAUGUAUCCGGAGACUAAAAAGAUUUGGAGGAAAGAAAUGAAUUUGUUAUUGUCUGUGGUUGAUCACAUUGUCCAGUUUGUUCCUUCUAAACAAAUGGGCAAAAAUGGAGCAUUCACUGAGAUCAUGGUGACCAAACAAAGAGAUGAUUUGCUGAUGAACAUUCCAGCCUUACGCAAGCUUGACUCGGUUCUUCUCGAGACUUUGGACAACUUUAAGGACCAGAAAGACUUUUGGUAUGUCCCAAGAGAUGUUGAGGAUACAUCGAACAAUGGAGACUGGAGGAGGGAUGAGAACUGGUGGUUACCAGUUGUUAAGGUUCCAUCGGAUGGAUUGUCUGAAGAAUCACGUAAACUGUUGCAAAGUCAAAAAGAUUCUGUGGCACAAGUCCUCAAAGCCGCCACAGCUAUUAAUGAUGUAGUAUUGUCUGAAAUGAACAUUCCUGACAACUACAUUGACUCCCUUCCGAAGAAUGGGAAGACAAUCCUUGGAGAUUUCCUUUACAAGAUCUUAACAGAUGAACACUUUGAUCCUGACUACUUCCUUUCUUUCUUGGAUUUGUCAACGGAGCACAAAGUUCUUGAUCUAAAGAACAGGAUUGAAGCCUCCAUGGUGAUAUGGAAGAGGAAGAUGAACCAGAAAGAGAAAGAUGGGAGAUCACAGUGGGGAUCCUCUGUUAGCUUGGAGAGGAGGGAGCUUUUAGAGGUCCGAGCUGAGACUGUUUUGGUUAUGCUUAAACACCAAUACCCUGGGAUCCCACAAUCUUCACUUGAAGUCUCCAAGAUUAAAAACAACAAGGACAUUGGACAGGCGAUUUUGGAGAGCUAUUCGAGGGUUUUAGAAAAUCUUGCUUCCAAGAUCAUGUCAAGAAUAGAGGAUGUCCUUGAAGCCGAUGCGCUAGUUCAAAGACAGCUGAUGGCAGAGGCAGAGAGAAGAUCAGCUGAAAGUGAGGUGGAAUCUGAAUAUGAGGAAACCGAAAAGAUGGAGUCGGCAGAAACGCCAAACUCGAGGAAACUAUCAGAACUCAUAGGGUGGAGAUUGUCAUCAGAUACAAAGAAGCAUUGUUCGAUGAGUGAUAUAGAACUCUUCCACAAAGCUGAGCAGGAGAAGACGGUGGUGAAGUCUCCAAGAGCUUUGGAGAAGCUGAUGAUGAAAUCUCCAAGAGCUUUGGAGAAGCCGAUGAUGAAGUCUCCAAGAGCUCUACCAAAAAAACUUUCAUUUCUAGCGAAGUUAGAGAACAUGAGAAGCCCCACUGAGAGACACUAACAACCAAGUAGAGCAUAGAAGAGAGGAGAGAGAAGAGAGAGAGGACUUUGUACAUAUACAAAAAAAAUGCAGGCAUUGGCUUAGGAUUUGGACAUGCAUCUUAGUGUUUGACGACACUUGUGGUAGAUUUUUUUCUUGUGUUUAUUCACCUGGUUGAUCAUGUUUGUUUUGCUUGUUUGACUAUAUAUUGCUUCCUGUUCUUUUUUGAAGAGGGAAGUGUGGUUUGAGUAAAUACGAAAGGGUUUUGAUAAUCU